GCUUCCGCAAUUUGUCUCCGACCGGGUCGCGAUCAGCAUGGCCGAACUCUGGAAGAAAGCCGUCAAAAAGGCCACCAAAAAGAAGAAACAGCGCAACUUGUGGAUAAUCUACCGGCAACAUUACGACGAUACAGAUUUCAACUACCGAGUGAAAGAUGGGCGCGGUCGCUUGGCAUUUGGUUCGUCAGGAAUCAGGGAUUGCGCCAACCCUUUCAAUUAUGGAACCUCAAGAUUAGCUAUCGACAAACGCAGUUUCAAUGCCCCACAACUUGGACCCGGGAAAUACGAUGUUAAAUGUGAAGAAUUGUUCCCGCAGUAUUGCAGUUUGAGUGGCUAUGGGGGUUUAGCACGAAGAGCACAGCGAUUUGCAGGAGAGACUGAGGCAGGCAAAGAGAAGAAGCCAAAAGUUUCUGGCAUUCCAAGUAUCUACGAGUACAGUCCAGACAUCUGCUGCCAAUCUCCAAGGAGAACCAAUGAUUUUACCUGGCCUUUCAGAGCACAGUACAAACCGUUUGAAUGGUCCAAACGGUCUUCCGUCCCAGAGGCUGGGUUAUAUUAUGAUGGGAUCAUUCGAAAACAGAGCUUACAAUAUUCUCAUUGUUUCGGAGGCAAAAAGAGACUCAAUCACCAUGUGUUAGUCAAAUGCCAGCCAUACAAUAUAGAUGAAUGUACAAUAUGUGGAGAGGCUCUCGACGCUCAAGAUUACUGGGUGGCUUCUGGGAAUUUUUUAUGUCUUACUUGUAUGGCUGAACAGAGAGUUUCACACUCGCAUUUCUCACAGCUUGAGUUGCAGAAAUUUGAGAAAAUCAGAAGUUGCUCUUUCAUGCAUUCACAUGAGGGUACAACAGCGAAAAUUCCUCUAAAAUCAAACAAAGAGCUGUCAGAACUGAUGUACCAUGAAUGUUACUUCUCAUCAUACUUUGAUGAGUCGAAAAGUGUGAUUAUGAAGCCAAGGACAACUGGAUUGAAACGAAAAUACGGUGGACGGAUAAACUUCAUAGGUCAACUAAAAAUUCAACCAUUAAAAAUUCCCUGAGGAAAUCAAAAUAUGCACUGCGAGAGGAGUAAAUGAAAUCCUCAUCUACGACAUGUAAAUCUGGAUGAUAGCAAAAUUAAUCUUGGCAUCCGCAGAAAUGUCAUAAAGAUCCAUUUAUUACUGUUCCUACUAAAUAAAUUGUUAAGUUUGCCGGAAAAUUGAAUCAAUUUUUUUCAGGGGGGGAGGGGAUUGUUGAGCGAUAAUCCACCUAAGGGCUCUGUAUGGAAACUCACUGCGAAAGUUUCUAUUUUUAAGAAGACUGCCACAAUCAAGCUACUAAUUACGAGGAGAAUGUUCUGAAAAAAGUAUUUUACCUUAAAAAACCAAAAACAGUCAAUUUGGGGAGUACCUUUUGUCAAAAUUUUAACCUCAGUGGACCAAUUAACAGUAAGAAAAUUACGUCAAUGCACGACUUGGUUUCUCAUCAAAAUUUCACUCAGUAUAUCUAAAAAACAUAGAUCAGAAAUAUGGCAUUUAUAGAUUGCACUGGAUUUUUGUCAAUUCAAACUUUUUGCUCAAGAGAAAAAAAGGAAAAGAAUGUCAACAAAGAUCAACUGGUCAUUGAAAACAAAGUCGAACUUUCCACAAAAAAUUUGAGUUCAAAUUUACAAAACUUUACUCCUCUUAUGAUACAUGAAAUUUUUAUGCUUGCCAAAGAAGAAUAAAUAAUUCAAUUGAAA